AUGAAGAAGGUCAAGCAAGGAGUGGUCAAACAUGUUAGUCAGCUACUACAUGUCCCUCGGUCAGAGACUAAUGAAGCUCGAAUAAAGAUCAAUAUACGCAAGAAGUUGAACGAUAUAAUGGAAAAUAAUGGCGAGAUGAUUAGGUACAACAAACGGUUUGUCGAAAGAACUCAAAAGCUGGCUAGAGACGAAAAGAUUCUCUUGAGGUCACUACAUACAUUGAAACGAUCAUACGACUCAAUCACGUUUCUCAAUAAAGAAGGAAAGCCGUUCAGUGUGGAUAAGCUACGAGUUGGUGAUCUAAAAUUCAGAAAUGAGCAGUCACGAGUCAUAUUUGACAAUGUAAUGAGGAUAAAAGACAUGACCAAGAAGCAAGUUAAUCGCGGAUUGGCAUUGACGUUGCUAGGGACGAACCAAAAGCAGUUGGAUGACCCUUAUUUUGUCACAAAGAAUGUUGUUGAUCUCCUAGCAUAUGACCAAGAUGCUAAGCGUGCCAACUACUUGUGUCGCAUCAGUCCUAAAAAUGCAAUAGUGGCAAUGAACACGAUAAUGGAAUGGCAUUUUGAUAGAAAGGAUCAAAAAAGUGGCAUCAAGUCGUUUAAUGAACGACGAGAUUUUGGUGUUCCCUGUGAUUCAUAUACGUUUCUUAAAUUUUUUGAUGGAGUGGCAAAGACGAGCGAGUGGGGCAAAGUGACGGAUGUUAUGUGUGACCGAAUGAUUGAAACUUUUAAAUCUUCGAGACUAAAUUUCCAAGAAGAUGCGAAAAUGACGACGUCGAUCUUUAAUGCCUGCUUGAGUAUUUUGGUCAAAAACUUUGCCUUUCGGCAAGUGAAAGCAUGGCUGUUUUUUGAUGAAUUAAUUGAAAAUGAGGAAAUGGGUAUCAAGGGGAUAAACCCUGAUGCCCAGACUUUCACCAUUCUUUUGCAAGGGCUUCGUAAAUAUUCCGACCAUGGGAAAUCAAUGAUUUUGGCAGAUACAAAGCUUUCAAGCCAUGCACGUAUUGUCAAACUUUUGGACUUGGAAGCAGGACAUAUCAAAACUGCUGACAUCAUUUUUCAUAAAGUCAAAAGUGUUGCCCAGCCCCCAGUACCAAGCUUGAAUCCAGAACAAGACAAAAAAAAUAUUGCAAAGUGGCGUAAGACAAGACUAGACAUUGAUUUCCCGGUAAUUACUACCUAUGUUAGCAGUUUCUGUAGCCGUGAUUCUGCGACUGGUCUUGAUUUGGGAAGUGGCUCUCAUUACUUGUAUAAUGAAAAGGCAUUGGAAAUUCUCCGCAGUGUCUCGUCUGAAGUCGAAGCUAUCUUGACCUUUUUAGGGCAAAGUGACAACAAGCCCAAUGAACCGAUAACUAGCUCAUCAAAGGUAAAAGAAUACACUGAUUUGAGGGUCAGAUUAGCUGUUAAUGGUGCAAAGAAUAUUGAGCUUGACUAUGUUUCCAAAAUAGAUGAACUAAUACCAGCAAAUGUCGUGAAGGAGCUCAAUCUGCCAAUUAACCCCCAGGUCUAUAUUCCAUAUCUUGAUAAAUUCAAGUCAUAUCCGGAACCGUUGAUUGACUUCCGACGCGACUGGUCGUAUGUUGAAAAAACUUCCACCAGAAACAAAAAGUCGAAAGGAGAAUUGGAUCGAGAAGAACGAUAUCGAUAUUCAAUAAAUGCUUAUAUUUUGAACCAAGUGUUUGAUAGUCUUAUCAAUAUGGGCAAGUUUAAGCAGUUUGUACAAGCAUUUUGGUAUGCAAUGAUCCAAUGGGGUGGAAUGAGAUUAUAUACUGCCGAUUUGAAAAAGUAUAAUGUUUUGGACAACUUUUUGAGCAAGGUGAAAGUUCGCAAUCAUCAAGAUGCCCGAGUUCCGACAAUUAUAGACGAUGUCAUGUUCAAUUCGUUCAUUUAUAAAGUGGCAGAGCACGGAAGACAAAACGGCUCAACGAGGACCAAUAUGAUUUUGGAGAUGUUUACUGCUUUGACAUUGUCCAAGUAUCGCGUGGGUAGUAUCGAAGUGAAUCCAAAGCACAUUGAUCAUAUUUGCUCGACAUUGAUCAAGGAUUUGCAUUACUACAACGAUUCAAUAAAAAAGAAGCAGUAUAGUUCGAAGCCCCAUAUAACGCAGACUCAGUUGAAUGAGUUUCUCAAAAACCUCAACGUCUUUGGCCAAGUGCAUGCCGCGUAUAUGAACAAAUCGAAUCUUGUCGUGGCGUCGAAUGCGUUUUAUCAAUUCAUGGAUAAGGUGAAUAAAACGUUGUAUUCUGCCAACUGGGUAGGAUAUGAUCGUGAAGAAAACAAGUUGCGCAUCUACAAGUUAUUAAUUAGGGCUAAUAUCAGAUACUAUAAACCAAAGUUUAUGGUGUUCAAGACUGAUCCAAAAACCUAUUGCGUUUCUAUUGAAACUGCGAUCAAGGAGGCAUUGAAGUUGAUGAGCAACAUUGAUAAUUUAAAUGAGCAAGACUUGAAGUUGAGAAAUUUUUUAAAGAAAUUGUCAAACUUGAAGGUGAAUGAGUUAGAUAAGGAUCAGUAUGAAGCAUUUAUUAAGGAGAUUUAUCAGUUGAUCGAUGUUGAUGAGAAGAGCCCAAGGGCAUCAUAUGACAAGAAAAGGUCUCAUGGAGCUGCUAUUGAAACCUAUAGCAAAGAUUUAAAUCGUGACACGCCGGAAUCGACUUCUUCGGAUACUGCUGAUGCUACUCCUCCUCGUAUUACAGAGAUGGCUCAGAUCUGA